AUGGACGCGCUUUUGGCAGCGCUCGUCGCUCUGAUGGCAUUAGCCGCCGCGAUGGCCGCCGUGCUGAGCACGCUCUCCAAAGCGGCUAUAUUCGCGAUCCUCGCAGUCGCGCCUUGCAUCUAUCGAUAUAGGAAACGGAUUUAUGUGAUCGUGAAAACAUUGCCCAGGGAUGUGAAAUUUCUAUGGCGGUACACGACUGCUAUGAUGCGGUUGAAACGAUGGGGACGCAACAACAACACAGUAGCAGAGCUGUUCACAAGACGAGCGCUGAAAUACCCCGACGCGCCAUGCUUCAUCGUAGUUGGGGAUAAGACUUGGACCUUCAGAGAGAUGGCGAAUAACUCUAAUAGAGUCGCUCGGGUGAUGCAAGAGCAUCUGGGCCUGAAGCGAGGAGAUGUGGUGUGCGUGUUUAUGCCAAACUGCGCUGAAUACGUGUACACGUGGCUUGGUAUGGCCAAGCUGGGUGCUGUGUCUGCACUCAUAAACAGUAAUCUAAGACACCGCCCCCUCUUCCACUGCAUACAAGUUGCUAAGGCGAAAGCCAUCGUAUUCUCUGAUGCGCUAGCUGGCGCGAUUGCCGAGAUAAGGGAUCAGCUUCCUUCAGAGCUGAAACUCUUCCAGCUAUAUGGCGAUUGCGCACCAGGAGUAGUGGACCUAGGGGCUGAAAUGUACAAGCACGAACCAGAAUACCCUAUAGUAACAGACAAACCUCAAUACAGAGAUACCCUUCUCUACAUAUACACGUCGGGUACGACAGGAAUGCCCAAGGCUGCUGUAAUACCAAAUUCCAAGUAUCUAUUGGUAGUAGUAGCAACAGUUCACAUGCUGGGCUUGCGAUCGUCGGAUCGCAUUUACAACACGCUGCCCCUGUACCACUUGGCCGGCGGGCUGGUGGGCACGAGCGCCGCCCUCGUGGACGGCAUACCCUCGGUACUGAGGACAAAGUUCUCGGUCACCAAUUAUUUUACCGACUGUAUUAAAUAUAAUUGCACGGUGGCGCAAUAUAUAGGUGAGAUGUGCCGCUACCUAGUGUCUACGCCGCCUAAAGAGACAGAUUCCCAACACAAUGUCCGCAUCAUGGUGGGCAACGGCAUGCGGCCCGCCAUCUGGCAACAAAUUGUGGAUAGGUUCAAAGUGCCACAGAUAAAUGAAAUUUAUGGUGCUACGGAAGGAAACGCGAACAUUGUGAACGUGGACAACACGUUAGGGGCGGUCGGCUUUCUGUUGAAAUUGUUGCCCGAAAGUCUACAGCCUAUAGCACUGGUGCGAGCCACCGACAGCGGAGAGCUCAUCCGCAGCCCUGACGGCUUCUGUAUACGCUGUCAGCCUAACGAGCCCGGCAUGUUCAUCGGGCUGAUCGUGCAGGGCAACGCUUCCCGCGAGUACUACGGAUAUGUAGAUAAGAGCCAAAGUAACAAGAAGCUAGUGCGCGACGUGUUCCGCAAGGGCGACGCGGCGUUCGUGAGCGGCGACAUCCUGGUGGCGGACGAGCUCGGCUACCUGUACUUCCGCGACCGCACCGGCGACACGUACAAGUGGAAGGGGGAGAACGUCGCCACCGCCGAGGUGGAGGACGCCGUGAAGGCCGCCCUGGAUCAGCGGGAUUGUGUCGUUUAUGGUGUUUCUAUCCCGCACACGGAGGGGCGCGCGGGCAUGGCGGCGGUGGCGCGCGGCGCGGCGGCGGCGGCGGACGCGCGCGCGCUGGCGGCCGCGCUGGACGUGGCGCUGCCGGCCUACGCGCGCCCGCUCUUCCUGCGCUUCGCCGACGACAUCGAGAUCACGAGUACAUUUAAGCUUAAAAAGCUGAAGUAUCAGAAAGAAGGUUUUGACCCCGACGUGAUCAAAGACCCGCUGUUCUUCAGAUCUGGCGCCGACUUCGUGCCGCUCACUACACAGCUCUUCAACGACAUCUGCAACGGCCGCGUCAAACUA